AAGCCGAAGGCAGAAGCGGCACCGAAGCCUCGUCAGGCCCCGACUGAUGAGGCGCAGAUGGCGGCAGCAGCGGCGCUGGCCCGCAUGGAGCUGAAGCCCAGGCCCAAGCUGCUCCCCGCCCCGGAGGCCAUCAAGAAACAAGUGAGAAAAGAGCUGAUGGCCGAGGCAGCUGCCAGCGAGAAAGGGGUCUCCGAGGAGGAAAAGGACGUCACCUCCCCGGCUGAGGAAGGGGCAGCUGCCCCCUCUGUUUCAGGGAUCUACUUCAUUUGCCCGUUGACCGGUGCAGUUGUAAGGAAAGACAAGAAAGAAAAGCACCUCCGAGAAGCCAUCCAGUCAUAUUUCUCCGUAGACCCAGUGGCUGCCUCAAUCAUGGAGAUUCACACCUUCAAUAAGGACCGGGAGAAAGUACGAGUGGGUGUAGAGACCAUGGCCAAAUACUUGGAUAAUAUCUAUCUCCAUCCAGAGGAGGAGAAGUACCGGAAAAUCAAACUGCAGAACAAAGUGUUUCAGGAAAGGAUAAGCUGCCUGGAAGGGAUACACAGAUUUUUCCAGGCUAUCGGGUUUGAGACAAAAACACUGCCUGUUCCAGGACAAGAGACCACAGAGGAGUACUACAUACUGAAGGAAGAAAUGCUGACCAAAUUGGAAGACAUCAAGGACUACAAAGAGCAGCUUUUAAGCUCUGAGCCUGUGAGAGCCCAGCUGGAUCGCCAGCUCUGUGUAUUUAAACCAUCACCUGAAGCUGCUCGGUUUGAGCUGCCAAAUGACUUCUACAACCUCACUGCAGAAGAGAUCAGACGAGAGCAACGGCUUCGGACAGAAGCAGUGGAGAAGGCUUCACUGCUGAGGACAAGAGCCAUGCGAGAGAAAGAAGAACAAAGGGAAAUGCGCAAGUACAACUACACCCUGCUACGAGUCCGGUUUCCUGAUGGAUACAUCCUCCAAGGGACUUUUUAUGCACGAGAAUCGGUAUCUGUGCUCUACAACUUUGUGAGAGAAGCACUCAGAGAUGACUGGCUGCCCUUUGAGCUGUUGGGACCUGGAGGUCUCAAACUGACUGACGAGAACUUGGCCUUCAAUGAAUGUGGGCUGGUGCCCUCAGCCCUCCUGACCCUCGCCUGGGAUGCAGCGGUCAUGGCAGACAUUGAGGCGGCAGGAGAGGAGCAGCCAGCAAGCGCCCUGAAACAAGAACUUCUCUCCAGAGUCCAGACACUGUCAUGAAAUAAAGGGGAGUGGAUUCAGUGCUGGUGGUUUUAGACUGUUCCCUCGUUUUUGUUGGAGCUUCCAGCUGCGUGACCUCAGAUGUGACUUUGUUUUAGCUCUGCAGAGUGGGACUCUAGAUUCUGCCAUGUCACACCAACCCUGCAGUCACCUCCACAACUCCGGUAGCCAUACA